AUGCAGCUGCAAAUAUCCAUGGUCUUGUUGGUGGUGUUAGUAUUUUCAGUUAUCCUGCCAGCCAGAUGUAAAGUGGCCAACAGUAAUACGAAUAGCCAUGUGAAUAGUUGGCGUGACUUGUUUUUUGGUAGUAAAUGGCUAUCGCCAGCAGCUCCACGUAUACGUGAAUCCAAGUUUUUACCCAUUUUCGCCUUGGUACCCAUUGGUCCGGGCACCUGUUCGGCUCCAUCUGGUGAGCAGGGCAAUUGUAUACCCAACAAGGACUGCGUCCUAAGAAAUGGCAUACCAGCCGGUCCCUGUGGCGGUGGUUACGGCGUCUGUUGCAUAUUUCUCCAGACUUGCGGUGGCAUAAUACGUGAAAAUUCCACAUAUUUCGUGAAUCCCAAUCAUCCGGAUAUCUUCGAUGGCACUGGCAGUUGUCAGGUUACAAUACAGAAACUCCAUCCGGAUAUAUGUCAGUUGCGUUUGGAUUUCGAUAUGUUUUCGGUGGCACCGCCCGAGGCUGCCAAUCAUUUGUGUAAUCAGGAUCAAUUGCUCAUCUCCGGCGGAAGUCCAACGCCCACAAUUUGCGGCAGUGCAACAGGAGAUCACAUGUAUGUGGAUGCAGGUCUAGGACAAAGCUCUCAAAUCAUUCUAUCUAUCAUAACCAGCGGCAGUUUUCCACGUCUCUGGCGGAUUCGUGUCACGCAAAUCCAUUGCGGUAGCAUCAGUCGUGCCGAUCAGGGUUGCCUUCAAUACUAUACGGCAAUCAGUGGCCGUGUCCGUAGCUUUAACUACAACACUGUGGCCGGACGACAGCUCUCCAAUCAGGACUAUAGCAUCUGCAUACGGAAUGAGCGUAAUUUCUGUGGCAUUCAAUACAAUGCCUGUCCGGAUUUGGAGAACAAUCGUUCGCGAGCCUUCACCAUAACGGGCAACUCCAAUAAUCCGGUGCCCACCAUAGUCGGAGGCGGAGGCGGUGGAGGUCCUGGAGGUGCCCCGCCUACCAAUACGAAUGGCUGCAUCAGUGAUUGGUUACUCAUCGGAUGCAUACGCUCUGCCGAUCGCAUUCCUCCCCUGCCCGGCUGUGAGGAUCGUGUCUGUGGUGGCACUUUCAGUGCUGAGGCCGGCAUGUUGGCCAAGACAGUGCAAUCCAGUGUAAGGCCUUUUCGCUUAUAUUUUCACACAGAUGGCGUCGAAGCGCCAAAUGAUAUUGAUAAUCGUGGAUUUUGUUUAGAUUAUGUUCAACAGCCUUGUACAAGUGGUUUUUAG